AUGGCCCCGCUAUUCAACCCAGAAGAUAAGAAAAUCUCAGUGGCAUUUGUAUGCUUAGGCAACAUUUGUCGGUCCCCAAUGGCAGAAGCCAUUUUCAAGCAUAGAGUCCAAGAGUUGGGAUACGCACCAUAUUUUAAAAAUAUUGAAUCAUUCGGUACUUCGGGAUGGCACAUAGGCGAACCACCAGAUUCUCGAUCGGCCAAAACUUGCAGAAAACAUGGAGUGCCCGUUCAACACUUUGCGCAACAAAUCAGUUCCAAAGAUUUCGAGAGGUUUGAUUACGUUAUUGGUAUGGAUGAAAGUAACUUAUCGGACUUGAUGUAUACGAAACCAAAAACAAGCAAGGCGGUUGUUGAUUUGUUUGGUAGGUGGAGAACUAAUAUGGAGUUUGAUAAAAUUGUGGGAGAUCCUUAUUAUGGAGGCAUUGAUGGAUUUAAGUACAACUUUAACCAAAUCUGUCAUUUUACUGAUGAGUUCUUGAAACAAGAAAUAGGAACAUUAGAGUAG